CGUCAACGUGCUUUUCCCUCCCUCCAUCGACAUCUGCUUCGAACUUUGGUAUCGCCAGCAAUUCUUUCCCCGCCUGGAUCGAUAUCUUUUCUUCCAUGGUUUCCCUCGACGAAACUCCUGCGAUAUCCUUCACGCCUUGUAUGUGUCUUGGGGACAAAUAGUCGUCGCGGCCGUGUUAUAAGCUCCGUGCCUUGGCACCUAACUCCCCUGCGUAGACAGCCUCCACCCGUGAUAAUCAGCCAUUGAGUAUCACACCAAGCCGCCUCACUCGCCCAGCUCCUGCCAGGUCGAACUUACCGGCCGUUCAACAGAGCCCGUAAUGGCUCAGUCGGCAGACCACCUCGUCGAUCAGAUCGCCCAGCUCAAUGCUGCCCGCAAUCUCGUCCUGGGCGACGCUGCCUUCUACCCUCAGAUCGUGAACGGUGUCCUGCCUAUAAUCGGCGCGCGUGCGCGACUAGAACUGCGAAGAUGGGGAGCCGAGUUCCUGGCCGAAACAUUUGCUAGUCCCGCGCUGGCUUCGGCACAGAAGGAGCAGCUGGCCGCCAGUGUGCUACAGGCGCAGCGCGAAGUAUUGGAAUUGCCGGAAGGAGAUCCAUUGGUCCUGAAACAUAUAGUGCAGAGUGCUGCCAGUCUGUAUCCGUUGGUGUUUAGGCAUAUUAUUAAUCACCCGCAAGAUGGAGCGAUGUGGGAGAAUAUGACAGCAAUCAAACAAGCUAUCUUGCGACGAUGGGACUCAUCCCCUGCCCAGAUCAAGAUCUGUUGCAUCAAAUUUGUUCAGCGCGUUGUUCAGGUCCAAACCAAUGGACCGAUCGCGGACCCUAGACGACCUGACCAGAACGAAACUUCUCUUGCCAUUGUGCCUCGCAACCAUCCCGUUUUAUCACUCCCUAGCUUGGAGGCAGAAGCCUCCGGGCUUCUGGAUAGGCUCCUGUCUGCCCUACAAGAAGAGUCAAGCGACCCCCUCCUUGUGAACGCCACGUUAAACUGCCUGGCAGUCCUGGUCCGCAGUCGACAGUCGAUCGGAAAUAAAAUCAUCAAUGCUAUCCUGAAUUUCUUCCCUGCAAGACAAGUGCGCCCACCUAUAACUCCAGCUGUCCGGAUUGGUGUGAAAUCGAUGGAACGAACCGUCAGAGCCGUUCUGGAUCACAUAAUGAAAAGGAACGCCAGCCAUCCGUUGAUUCGUAAGAUGGAACAGCGAAGGAACGCACGUCUGGAUAUUGUCGACGAGGCAACAAGAAAACGCGCACCCCCUGCCGAACCAACGGACGGACUUGACAAAACAAAACGGACGAAACUUGACGCAGAAACGCCACCAUUGAUCAAGAUCCCGCCACUCCCCCCGGGACCAACCAGUUUUGCGCAGCUCUUCACCCUGACGGAAGAUGCUGGGCUUUCAGGUUUCGAUGUCAAGCAACUACCUCCUGAUCUGCUUGUCAAUAUGGUCGUCCCCCUUCUCGCUCGUGUAGACCAGUCAGCGUUGACUCAAUCUAUAGAUGCUAUUCGCAUGCGAUAUGAGACAAUUCAGAAGCGACAGGCGGCACAACCUCCGGCGGCGGCGGCAGCGGCGGAUGACGACGACGAUUACGAGCCCGAGUAUCAGCCGAUGGACGUUACAGAGCCGACACGCGAGCAGGCGGAUGCCGUGGCAACUGAAGUGGCAGAGAUUCAGCCGGACCUUGUGUCAUUGGGGCCUUUUGUCUUACCUCAGCCUCCUCCUCUGUCCGAAGACGAGGCCGCAGAAGUUGGCCGCAGUGCCGUGGGGAGAGUAUUUGGUAUGCUGGCGUCGAGUGCGGUCGCCUCCAAUCCUGCGAAGGGCAAGAGUCAGCAGCAGCCGGGCUUUGCGCGAUUAGCCGGGAGCACCUUCGAUCGAGAUGCCUGGGUUACUUUGCUCACCAGACUCGCAACGCGAGCUCCAGCAGGUCUGGAAACGGGAACAGGGAAAUUCGGGCAGGACGCAUCGAGUAGGGGCCAGGCAACAAUUUCGAAUACAAUUCGGGAGACUCUAUAUCGGUACAUCCUCGAGGACUUUCGCGGCCGGGUGAACGUGGGCAUCAUGUGGUUGAACGAAGAGUGGUACAAUGACCGGAUACAGAUGGAGUUCACUGCGUCGCGGCGGAGACCAGAGGAUGAGGAGGCGACCGUGCCACUGUUCUAUGAUCACUGGGUUCUGAGGCUUCUUGAUGGGUUCUUGCCCUACAUUGAUUCUCGGGACACCAAGAUCUUCAUCCGGUUCCUGAGCGAGAUUCCAGAAGUGACGAUUCCUAUCACGCAGCGGGUAGCUAGUCUCGCAAAGGACCCCGAGCGUGUCAAUCUAUGCGUCCAAUCACUAUUGUAUUUGAUUAUGUUUCGACCACCAGCCCGAGAAAUAUGUCUCAAUGCUCUGGAGCAUGUUUAUGAAACCUAUGAGGAAUCACGUCCUGCCGCUGGCAAGGUCUUGGCCAGGUGGCGUCCCAAGGAAGCACAACCGCAGGCUGAACAACAAACGACACUGGCAACUCGGGGUGCGACGACAGGAAACAGUGCGGCUCCUGUUGCUUGA